AUGACCUGCGCAUCAGGAUUCUGCGGACGCUCCUUCAGCUGCAUGUCGGCCUGCGGGCCCCGGCCCGGCCGCUGCUGCAUCACGGCCGCCCCCUACCGCGGCGUCUCCUGCUACCGCGGCCUCACCGGGGGCUUCGGCAGCCGCAGCGUCUGCGGCGGCUUCCGCGCCGGCUCCUGCGGCCGCAGCUUCGGCUACCGCUCCGGCGGCGUGUGCGGGCCCAGCCCGCCCUGCAUCACCAGCGUGUCGGUCAACGAGAGCCUCCUCACGCCCCUCAACCUGGAGAUCGACCCCAAUGCGCAGUGCGUGAAGCACGAGGAGAAGGAGCAGAUCAAGGGCCUCAACAGCAGGUUCGCUGCCUUCAUCGACAAG